AGUCAGAGCUGACCGACUGCAUGGAACAGGUGAAGACUGACAUCAGGCGCUCAGUGCAGUCCAUCAUUCAGGCCAUCAAUGAGCAAGAGACACAGCUGCUUCGAGAGCUGGACGAGGUGUACAACACCACGGUGACGUCCCGAGACCACCUGAGGGUUGUCCGCGCUAUCGAGAAGCUGCAACUGGCCCAUGAUUAUGCGACCAAUAUGCUGGCCAAAGAGACGUCACCGCUGAUGCUGCUCCAGAAUAAAAAAGAUGCUAAAAAUGGCCUGGAGAUGGCGCUGAAGUUUGAGGCGCCUGAUAUUAGGCAGCAUAUCUCAAAGUUGGAACAUCGCACUCACUUUAUACCAGGGAGGUUUAAUAUCAACCUUGGUCACCUAAUGUUCUGUACAGUACAAGAAGACCAAGCAGUACAAGACUUAACCUUCCAAACCCACCCCACACCCACAGCAACCUAUAGUUCUACUCUAUGUGACACCCACGGGGAACCCUUCACUAUAGCACCCACAGGAGAAACCAACAAGCCUUUUGCCAAGGUGGGGCAUGUGGCCAUACUGCCCAAUGGUCAAGUGGCCAUCUUGACCUCUCUGGACAUAUACAGGUAAUAUGUGGAGAUGUGUGAAGGAGGAGCAA